AUGGCAAGAGAACAACUAAAAGUGCUUAAUGCACUUGAUAUAGCCAAAACACAAUGGUACCAUUUCACUGCAAUUAUAAUUGCUGGCAUGGGCUUCUUCACCGACGCCUAUGAUCUCUUCUGUAUCUCUCUUGUCACCAAAUCGCUCGGCCGCAUAUACUACCAUGAUGAUCAUUCAAAAAAACCCGGCAUUUUGCCACCAAACGUGGCAGCCGCGGCCAAUGGUGUCGCCUUUUGUGGUACGCUUGCGGGCCAACUCUUUUUCGGGUGGCUCGGUGACAAAAUGGGCCGCAAAAAAGUCUAUGGCAUGACCCUUAUGCUCAUGGUCAUUUGCUCAAUUGCCUCUGGUCUCUCAUUUGGCAAAGACCCUGCGGCUGUUAUGGCCACACUUUGCUUCUUUCGAUUCUGGCUUGGGUUUGGCAUUGGCGGGGAUUACCCGCUUUCUGCCACCAUAAUGUCCGAGUAUGCUAAUAAAAAGACUCGUGGAGCAUUCAUCGCGGCCGUGUUUGCCAUGCAAGGUUUUGGAAUUUUGGCCGGUGGAAUUGUUGCCAUUAUAGUCUCUGCUGCUUUUAACUCCGCUUAUCCUGCCAGGCCCUAUUCCGAAGACGCUAUUGGCUCUACCGUCCCCCAAGCUGACUAUGUUUGGCGGAUAGUUGUGAUGUUUGGUGCUGUACCCGCCGCACUAACGUAUUAUUGGCGGAUGAAGAUGCCUGAAACAGCCCGUUACACCGCCUUAGUGGCCAAGAACGCUAAACAGGCCGCUGCUGAUAUGUCCAAAGUACUCCAAGUCGAUUUAGAAGUGGAACCGGAAAUAAUUGAGAAGAGAAGAGGAAACGAUUUUGGGUUGUUUUCGAAGGAGUUUUUGCGACGCCAUGGGCUACACUUGCUUGGAACCACUAGUACAUGGUUCUUAUUGGACAUUGCUUUCUAUAGCCAGAACUUGUUCCAGAAGGACAUUUUUCAGUAA